UCUCUGACUCCACCACCUCUCUUUCUCUAUUCUUCUUCUCGAUCUAAAUUUAUUUUCUUUGUGCUUGGAUUUUCUCUACCCCGUCAACACCUCACAAAAACUCUGCCCUUUUUGCUUCUCCAAACGGCAAUCAUAUCAUCAAAAUCAUACUUCUCUUCUUACAUACAAACUCACCAAUCAAAACCCAUCUUGAAAUUUUCAAUUUGGUUGAACAAAACAGUGGUAUCUGGGAGGGGAGGGGGCAAAUUUUGUAGAAAAGUUUUGUAUGUACAAAUUACUCAAUGUGUUUUUCUGAAGAAGAUAAGAAGAAGAAAUUUGAAUGCUUGGUGCAGGUUAAAUGCUGGUUCCCGGGGAUCUAGGGUUUCCUCCGGGUUUAAUUUGGGGAUUUUUUAGUUUGUUCUGUUUGAUUUCUGUAUUGAUUAUUAGAAGAAAAUGGAGAAUUGCAGAAGAGAGGAACAUGGAGAUUUUGAGACUUAUGGCUCUGGCUGCAGAAGAAGACAGAAGGGUUGAAUUUGAAGCUUCUUUAGAGUACGGUGGUUACAGCAGUGUUGUUUCUCCUCCUGCUGCUACUUCUUCUUCGUGGUCUUCUGCCGCUUCUGUUAAUUCUCCUCUUCCAGCUCCUCCUCCUCAGUAUCAGUGUGCUGUGUGUUAUGCCCCUACCACGACUCGAUGUUCUCGGUGUAAAUCUGUUCGUUACUGCUCUGGUAAAUGUCAAAUUAUUCAUUGGAGAAAAGGUCACAAAGAUGAAUGUCAUCCUCCAAGCCCCAAUAUUCAGUUUAGUGGUCCAAAAAGCGAUUCUGAUGGGAAGACAGGCUUGGAAAGAGAAAAGCAUGAAUCUGUUGGUAAUGGUUCUGAACUGGGAAGCGGCUUGGUUGCGGAACCACUUGAAACAUUUCCUGAAGAACCCAGAUCAGUUGAAUCCAGUCGAUUGCCUGAGUUUCCAAGUAGUAAGAAUGUUGAAAAAGCUGGAUCUGUGGAGGAUGGCAAAAGAGCAGGUGCCAUUUCUGAAUCCUCCAGUAAGCUUGUUGGCAUUGCUAAACCGACCACCACUAUUUGGCUGGUUGAUGCUUCUGCUAACAGUUUUCCUAUAUUAAGUAGUUCGGAGAGUUUGAAAGAGUCUACAUUUGAUAAUUCUGGAUGUAAUGGACUUGAGAAAAAAGUUGAUGUUAGUGACAUGGAGCCUACCAGAUCAUUACCUCAAAAAAUUAGUAGUUUAGAUGCUUCUUUAAAUGAUCUUUCUUGUGCAGAUUACCGGCAGCAAAGUGUACCUAGUUCUUCUGGUAAUGGAAAGUCAAGAUCGAUUAGUUCUUCCGGGGGAUCUAGUCUCAAGAGAUCUGAGGUUUCAUUAACUACUCAGAUGUCUAAAGCGAAGUCUGGUUUACUGGAGGAAAGUCUUGAUUCAAACGGGUCCGGAAAUGAUCUCCACGGUGAUUUAACUAAGUCGGGUAUUAGGGAAGGUGGUAAUGGUAACUUGUCACAUUUGUCUCCCAAUUCCUUUCAACAAACUGUCCCCAGCUCACGUUCAGAGUCCAGGAUUCACGCAUCUGAUGUUGCCAACCCUGUUGCCUUGGAAAAUAAAAUACCUGCCAGUGGAGCCGAGAAGAAAGCACCAGUGGCUUUCGCGCGGCAUUCACCAGUUUUUGGUUCUGAAAGGUCAGCUUCUGUGAUUACCAACCAAAUUAAUAAAUCUGAAUCACGAAAGCCUAAAGUUAUCAGAUCUCUAGCAUCAAGUGGUUCUGAGAAUCACCCAACUUCUGUUAAUGGAGAAUAUUCUUCAUUGAGUGAGAAGUCGUCAAAAGGGGAAAAAGUACAAGUAGUUGCUAUGAGAUCGAAUGAUGUUUCAGUGUCUUCUCAUAAUGUUAGCAAUGGCUUGAAAAUGUUAGCGCAGAAAGCUGUUCAGCAUUCGAAACUGCCUAAACUUUCCCUACAUAGUCCUUCUGGAAGUGAUGUUAUUGGAAAACAUGAUGACAAGAUGCUCUUUUCUUAUGAAGUGUUCAUCAAGCUUUACAACAAGGACAAGGCGGAACUUCACCCGUUCGGCCUUACAAACUUGGGAAACAGCUGUUAUGCUAAUGCUGUCCUUCAGUGCCUCGCUUAUACUCGGCCUCUUACAGCGUAUCUUCUGCAAGGACUUCACUCGAAAGCAUGCACAAAACAGGAGUGGUGUUUUAUUUGUGAGUUUGAGUCUCUGAUUCAGAAGGUCAAGGAAGGAAAGUGGACACUCUCUCCAAAUGGUAUUGUCUCCCAUCUACACAAAAUAGGUAGCCAUCUAGUUCACGGAAAACAAGAAGAUGCCCAUGAAUUUUUAAGGUUUUCUAUCGAUAAAAUGCAAUCUAUUUGUCUGAAGGAAGCUGGGGAAAAAGCUGGUCGCCCUCGUGCAGAAGAAACAACUCUGAUAGGCCUUAUUUUUGGGGGCUAUCUCCGAUCUAAGAUAAGGUGCAUGAAGUGUCAUGAAAAGUUUGAGCGCGAAGAACGGAUGAUGGAUCUUACAGUUGAAAUACAAGGGGAUAUCAGUACUUUAGAAGAGGCGCUUGGACAAUUUACUGCUACAGAAAUCUUGGAUGGGGAGAACAAGUACCAUUGUAGCAGAUGCAAAUCUUAUGAGAAAGCCAAAAAGAGGUUAACGGUGCUGCAUGCCCCUAACGUCCUUACGAUUGCUCUAAAGCGGUUUCAGUCUGGCAAAUUUGGGAAGCUCAAUAAAGCUGUGCGGUUCCCUGAAGUGCUGAACUUGGCUCCAUAUAUGAGUGGGACAAGUGACAAGUCUCCUAUAUAUAGUCUUUAUGCAGUGGUAGUUCACUUGGAUGUCACUAAUGCUGCAUUUUCCGGACAUUAUGUCUGUUAUGUCAAGAAUAGCCAGGGGAAGUGGUUCAAGAUGGAUGACAGCACCGUGAAACCUGUGGAGCUUGAGAGGGUCUUGUCGAAAGGAGCAUACAUGCUACUUUACGCAAGGUGUUCGCCACGGUUACCAGGUUUGAUACAGAAGACAAUGCUACUAAGUGAUAACAAGAUGAAAUGUACCAAAUGUGUGGAACCUAUUUCGUCCAGCCAUAGUGGAAACAGCAGUACUGCUACCAAAGCAAAGUCGAUCUCUGUGGUGUCCGGAGGUGCUUCUACAGCAACCUGCAGGAGUCACGAUGAAUAUCCAUACUGGGGAAAUAUGGAUGAUUCGUUACACAAAAGGUUGCCUCCAGUGCACAGGAUACGGAUAGCUGACUCCUCGAGCGACAACUCCUCUCUCCUCAGUGGUUCAGAUGAAGGCUCCUGGACUACAGAUAGCACCAGGGACUCUAUCAGUGCUGAUGAAGUGUGUGAUCAUUUAUUCGGAUGACGGCGUGGUUAUAACAGCCCAUUGAGUACGUCAGAUGACUCCAAUAGUUCAUCUUCACCUUCUCCUUCUUCCACAAUCUCAGACGGAGACAGACAUAGAUCGUGUUACCCUGAAACCAGUACAUACCCUAUAUACAGCGGAGGUGGUGAUCACGGUGAGCCGGGUACGAGGAUAAAACCCAAUGGAAUCAGUAUCAAGAGUUUGCGAGACAAGGGAGAUAAUAGUCCCUUUGUAUAUUCUGACACAACUAAUCACUGUACAAAGUUAACGGGUAGUAAUAGUAUUAGCCAUAGCAGUAGUAACAGUAACUCUAGGGAGACUGACCCAAAAAGGUGGGGUAAUUCUGGUGUAUCCUUGUUGAGAAGAUCAACUAAAGAAAGAAAAACUCAACCACUUUACUAAGUUAUAAGUAAAGGGUCUUUUUUGAUGAGCUAUUUAAUCUAAUUAAAAUGUCUGUCCAUUUUAUUAUUGUUCA